AUGAUGAUGCAUCCUCCACCUAAUAUUGAUAGGGCUUACUACUUACUCUUGCAAGAGGAAAGGCAAAGAGGGAUACAGAACUUGGGACAUUAUCCUAGUGAAUCUGGGUCAUUUGCUGUAUCAACACAGAGAUUUAAUUCAACUCAAGUUAAACCUACAACCUCUGCAGUGAAUACUGGUGGUUAUAACUUUAGAACUAAUCAAGACAACAGGAGAAGUCUAAAUUGCAACUACUGCAAAAAACCAGGACAUACAAUCGACAAAUGCUAUAAACUUUAUGGUUAUCCACAGAAUUUCAAGCCAGGGUUCAAACAAAGAAGAUUUCAGAAUUUUGUUCAAGGAAAUGCAGUAACAACAGAUGAAGGUUAUGGUCAAGAAGCUGUAACAAAUUCUGAAACCAUUGCCAAUGCUAAUUGUGCUGGUACAUGCUUGCCUAAUCUUUCCUAUUCACAAAGCAAUCUUAGGAGUCAUAUUUGGAUUCUUGACUCUGGUGCUUCAGAACACAUGACUUUUGACUCUAGCAUCAUUGUUAAUAUCAAGCCAUUACCUAAUCCUGUUAAUGUUAAUCUUCCUAAUUCACAAAGAGGCCUUUCUUUGAGGAGGCCCCUGCUCCUUGGUGAUGUGAAGGCUGGUCUUUACCUUUUCCACUCAACUCACAAGCUUGCUGGUUCCCUGCAUUCAAAUAAAGCUGUCACUUUUUCACAGAACUUUUCUUUACCAUACUGCAAUUCUCCUAUUAUGUCUAACUCUGUUAACAUUGAUAAAAAUCUGUGGCAUUACUUUCCUACUUCUUCUACUGUUGAUUUUUCUACACCACAGCCUCUCAUUUUUUCUGAUUCCUCUAUUCCUCUCCCCACUACUGAUUCUCCUGCUCUUGUUUCCUCUCCAGUUUCACUUCCUCGAGUUGAUCCUAGUCCUGUUCCUGGUUCACCUUCUACAUCCUCUUCUAUACCUUCUACUUCUUCCACUGUUUCACCUACCUCCACAUCUACAUCUCCUUCUCAUCCUCCCAUCAAUCUUGUUUCCACUUCUAAUGUUCCUCCUGAUGCCUUGCGCAGAUCUUUAAGUGAACACAAUGCACCUAGUUAUUUGUCUGACUAUAUCUGUGGGGCCGUGCACCUAACCAAUGUUUCUCAUUCUUGUUUUCUCUCACCUGUUUCCCCUUCUACUAUUUCAUCCAAUCUACUUUCUGCUUCUAACCAAAGCUUGCUAAAUUCCCUACCUACUGUCCAUGAGCCUUCUAGUUAUUCUCAGGCAGCAUUGGACCCUGGUUGGCAAGAAGCAAUGGCAAAAGAACUUGAUGCUUUAAAGGCCAAUGAUACUUGGGAGGUAGUUCCAUUACUUAUUGGGAGAAAGGCUUUACCUUGUAAGUGGGUUUACAAGGUUAAACUAAAAUCUGAUGGGAGUGUGGAAAGGCUCAAAGCUCGUUUGGUUAUUCGAGGGGAUACUCAACGAGAGGGGAUUGAUUUUACAGAUACUUUCCCCCCUGUGGUCAAAAUGACCACUAUUAGGUGCAUUCUUGCUAUUGCUGUUAAGAAAAAUUGGGGACUUUAUUAA